UGAAAUAUAUUGAUAUUGAAAACAAAGAAGGACUAAUGUUUGGUUCAAAUACAUCAAAUUUUAGUUUUAAUGUUACACCCCAUGUCGACAAUGGACUACCGGAGGAAAUGCGGUUUGGUGUUCAGCACAUUGUCUCUAUUGCUGCCUACUCUUGUUUCUUUUUGAUCGCGGCUGCUGGCAAUUUGACAGUCUUUAUAACCUUGUUCCGGAACAGAAACGACAAAUCACGCGUCAAUAUGUUUAUUAUGCAUUUGUCCAUCGCUGAUUUGAUUGUGACGUUUAUCAUGAUGCCCCUGGAAAUAGGUUGGCAUGCGACCGUCGAGUGGUUAGCAGGGGACGCUGCCUGUAGAAUUUUAAUGUUCUUUCGAACGUUUGGAUUAUACCUGUCUUCGUUCGUGUUGGUGGUGAUAAGCUUGGACCGCUACUUUGCAAUCCUUCACCCACUUAGCCUCAACGAUGCGGACAAGCGUGGCAAAAUUAUGCUGUGCUUCGCCUGGCUUUUCAGCGUCGUAGCAAGCACCCCUCAGAGCGUGAUAUUCCACGAGGAGGCACAUCCAGCCUACCCCUGGUUCCGACAGUGCAUCACAUUCAACUUCUUCCCGACCCCCGCCCACGAGCUAGUGUACAACCUUUUCACAAUGGUGGCGAUGUACGGUCUACCUCUGGUCAUCAUUUCACUGUCCUAUGGGCUCAUUCUGAGGGAAAUCUCCAAGAAAACGCGACAGAGUAAAGAGGAGAUGCUGGACUUAAACUGUCCCCAGUCCAGCGGGCGGCUCAGAAGGUCCGCCGUCGGUAACAUUGAGAGGGCGAGGUCAAGGACGCUCAAAAUGACGAUCGUAAUUGUGGGAGUUUUUAUAUUUUGUUGGACACCGUACUACGUUUUAGCUGUCUGGUGGUGGUUUGACAGUGAAUCAGCUCGGGAGUUGGACUCGAAGAUACAGAGCAGUCUUUUCAUAUUUGCAGUAUCUAAUUCCUGUGUUAACCCUAUUGUUUAUGGGCUCUUCACAAUUAACUUCAAGAGAGAGUUUCAACGAUGUUGCUGUUGCCUGAAAACAAAGUGGCGGCAGUCCAAAAUGUUCCAGCGCACAGGGACAAAUCACAUGGAGGGUCGUUCAAUAUACUCCCGGACGUCGAGAAGUUCUCUUUGUGCUUCAACGGCAUCCACAGGGCCUGGUUUAAAAAUAAGAAUGGAGAAAAUUCCGUCUGGUGACACAGUCAUUCGAUUCUCUGUUCGGGGGUGUAAUGGUAAGGGUAAAGGUACCGAUGGUGCUAAAAUUGGAUAUGGGAAACGUGAUUCAAGACAUAACGUUAAUAACUUUCUAGUUCUACAUAUGAAAGGACAAGAACACAACUCGAACAAAAUUUGACAUGUGUCCACUUACAUGCUCAUUCGGCGGCAAACAAUAUGUCACAUUUGUGUGCGAGUUCUGUUUUUUUUAUAAACCUUGUAAAUGAUAUUUCGAAUUGAACGACCGUUUCGUACUUUCGUAGUUCUUCGUCCAUAACAAUUUACAUGUAUAUAUUCCAAUUAAGCCGUUCCACUAUUAUGCAGAAAUAACAAAAUAUCGAGUCAAACAAAACAUAUUUUAAAUGUGUAUAGAAUAUGCCAUUUUCAGGUCGUUAUAUGGCAAAUACACUUGCAUAAAUUAACAUCAUGAUACGUCCAGUUCUUCAGUAAAAAUGAACAAUUACCAUAAGAGCGUAUAGGAAAGUUACUGUCAAGUAAACAUUUAAGUAUGAAUCAAAUAAGUGUUGAAACUACGUAGACAGCCCAAAUAGUGGAAAACUGACCAUAUGUUGGUCAAUAUAUAAACAAUGCUUGCGUUUGUCAUCACUGUGACUGCUCCAUAACUACAAGCGUUUUGAUGUUAGAGAUGCACGCUUGCUUCCAAAUAAAAUAAAUCACAAUUAAUACAAUUGUUUUAAUAUACCAUAAGGAUGAAUACAUGUCAGUCCCAACGGUUCUUAUGAAGGAUACCAAGUUUAUUUUGAAAGAAAGGUGCAGUAAACACGGUAUUUCUACCUUAUGAGACGAUAGUAGAUCACAGUAAAUCUUUCAUUACACAUCAAUCAUUUAAUAAAUUUGCGUUUUCAGCUAUUAAAUACACGGUUACAUAUUGAUAUCAGUGAUUAAU